AUGGCUUCAUCUGCUGUGCUUAAGACUGCUAAGAAGGAUCUCAGGACUUUGAUGAAGCAAAAGCUUUCAAACGUCACUUCUGAGUCUGUAAAUGCUCAAAGCAAUGCCAUCUUCACAAGUGUCACCAGUCUCAGACCAUACCAAGAAGCAAAGCGAGUUGGAAUAUACCUUUCCAUGCCUACUGGUGAGGUUCAAACGGAUGCCAUUGUCCGCCAUGCACUUGAGUCUGGGAAGAAAGUGUUCGUACCUUACCUCCACAAGGCGAAAUCACCAUCACCUGAUACACCACGCUCUGUGAUGGAUAUGGUGGAUCUUCGCUCUCUGUCUGAUUAUGAUGCAUUAAAGAGAGACAGUUGGGGAAUACCUACUAUUGGUGCAGAUACAAUUGAUCAGCGGGAACACGUACUUGAGAACUCAACAAAGGAAAACGAGGGGUUAAACAUAAUUUUUAUGCCUGGAGUGGCUUUUGAUAUUGACCCAAAGACUGGAUUUGUAAGACGGCUUGGUCAUGGAAAGGGGUUUUAUGACUUCUUUCUGCAUAGGUACAGGCAAAGUCGAGAGUCACACGAGGAGGGGCCAUCAACGGGUCCAGGAACUGAUGUAUUGUUGUAUGGUCUGGCUCUUGAGGAGCAAUUUCUGGAAUCCAAUGCGGAUUCUUCGGUACCUGUUGGAGAGCAUGACAGCCUUCUUCAUGGUCUGGUCAUUGGCGGUGGAAAACUUCUGGAGGGUCCGAUCAAACGAGAAUAG